AUGCUUACUAAACUAACACAGCAAUCUUUCCUACAAUCCGUUGAAUAUAUUGUUUAUUUAAGUUUUAUCUUUGCAUAUUUUUGUAUAUUUUUAGCUGAAUGGAAAAUACACAAUCUAUUAAAAUAUGGUAAGACGUUACCUAAAAAUUUUCAAUAUGAAAAUAAUACCAAAAUCCCAUCAUUUUUAAAAAUCAAAGUAUAUAAAUAUUGGUUUUAUCAUUUCUAUCUAUUAUCCAGUUUAUUGUCGAUCAUAACCAUUAUACAAUCCAUUAUUGCCAAAAACACUAACAGUAUACCAGUAGUCCCAUGUUUAUACCUGAUACAUAGUUUAAGAAGAUUAUAUGAAUCGCUUUAUGUUGCCAAAAAGAGUAAGACUUCAUUAAUGAAUAUAUCACAUUACAUCGUCGGGCUAUGGUUUUACACAAGUUUUAAUUUCAUUACAUAUGUCAAUAGAAAUGUUACUAAUGGUGGUCUUGUCACGUAUACAAGAAUUGCAAUAUUUACAUUAUUCUUCUUAUUUUUUAAUUUGGAUCAAUAUAAAAACCAUUUAUAUCUAAGCAAGUUAACUAAAUAUACACUUCCAAGUAGUGGGUUAUUUAAGUGGGUAUGUUGUGCACAUUAUUUUGAUGAAGUUAUGAUUUACUUAACCAUUUUCCUUUAUGCUCCCAAUCCAGGAUACUUUUUGGCAUUUUUGUGGGUGUUCAUAAACCUAAGUUGUAGUGCCAAAGAGCAACAGUCAUAUUACUAUAUAAGUGAACUAAAAAACAGAAAAGAUAAGCAUGGCAUUAAAUAUUCGAAAACUUCAACACCUAAAUAUGCUAUAAUACCAUGUUUGCUAUGA